AUGAAUGAAUAUAUUUCUCUCGGUCACAUGAAGAAAUCAAAUUCUCAAGAAAUUUGUCAUAAUGGAAAGUUCUUUUCUUAUUAUUUGCCACAUCAUGCGGUUUUUAGACCUGAAAGUGCACCAACAAAAGUUCGUAUCGUUUUCAACGGAUCACGAAAGACAAAAAGUUCAAGGUCAUUAAAUGACGUUCUCCACGUCGGACCAACCUUACAAGCAGAUUUAAUGACAAUCAUUCUAAAUUGGCGUUUAUAUAAGAAAAAUAUAUCAAGCCCAAUUGAAGAUUUUGAGUUGACAACUGUAACUUUCGGUAUAGCAUGUGCACCUUAUUUGGCAAUUAGGACCCUUCUACAAUUGCCAUCAGAUUCAGAAAAAGAUAGUCCUUUAUCUGCAAGAAUUUUGAGAAAAGUGACAUAUGUUGACGACAUAUUGUCCGGAGGCCAUUCAUUGCCAUCGGCAAUGGAAGCUCAAAAACAGAUGAUUAGUACUUUAAAAUCAGCAGGGUUCCCUUUAAAGAAGAUAACGGCAAAUCAUCCAGAUUUAUUGUCUCAGAUAUCAUCUGAUGAUUUAUUGAACACAGAAUUUUUGAAACUCUAUGAUUCAAGUUCAACAAAAACUUUGGGAAUUCGUUGGAAUGCUAUAAGUGAUUCCUUCACUUAUAAAGUAGAACAAUUAAAUUCGACAUCAUCGGCAACAAAAAGGCAGAUUCUCUCUGCUGUUGCUAAACUUUUCGAUUCCGCAGGAUAG